CAUGCCUUGCCUUACUUGAUCUUACUAACUAGGACUUGGUUCCUUUUCGGAUGUGGUAUCCUAUCUAUUCUAAUUCUUUCCUAGGAUGGUCGAUAGUAGUACUUUGUGCAUACUAUGCCUGUCUCUCUCGCUAUCAGUAACUAUCAAGGGCACCCCGGUUUACUCCUCCCUAUCUGAUAAGUUUUCGGAACUGAGAAAUUCCCCUCAUCGAGUUUACUCUACUUGCUUACUAACUACCCCUCAGUUCGCCAACUCCUACUGGGAUUGUACUAUUCUAUGUCUACUAUAUGUCGAAGCGUGCUAUCUAUCCCACUACGGGAGUCGGAUCCGUGGGAAGAGAGUCAGACAAACAGCAAUAGCAAAGAGGAGGAGAAAGAACUGGAAUGCUCCGCACGGGUAUAGGUAUUCCGUUGUAGGUAAUGAGAUCAGAAAUGAGCGAGGAUAAUGUUGGAGAGGUGUUGGUAUAAAGCCUAUAACCUCCCAGUGUAUCUAAAGAAUGGAAUAUUA